AUGCACUACUCCAAGAUUCUCAUGUCCGCUGUCUUCCCAGGCAUCCAAGCCCUGGCCAUUAAUACACCUCCAGCUACUGCCCAGCAGCUCACAGCCCAAGACAUUUCCACCUUCCCCUCCGUUGCCUUCGGCAACACCCACGCCCCCUUCACCCUCCCAGCCUGCAAAACAUUCCCCGGCGACCCCUCCUGGCUCACCGACACCGACUGGUCCCGUCUCAACAAAACCCUCCAAGGCGCUCUUCUCCAGCCCCUCCCGCCCGCCUCAGUAUGCUACCGCAGUUCCCCCAACUUUAACGCCGACGCCUGCGCGUUUCUCCGCACCCAGGCAAGCCAGACGAGCUUUUACCUCGACGACCCGCUGUCCAUUCUCACGCAAUGGCCGCAGGGCAAUACCUGUCUGCUGUCUGCGAACCCCACGGGGAAUUGCACCCAGGGGGGGUUCCCGGUGUAUGUAGUCAAUGCUACGACGGUUAAGCAUGUCCAGGCGGCGGUCAACUUUGCUAGGAACAGGAAUAUCCGGCUGGUUAUCAAAAACACCGGCCACGAUUUUGUCGGCCGCAACGCCGGUGCCGGCUCCCUUAGCGUAUGGACGCACCAUCUCAAAGGUUUCGAGUUCUUGCCCGAAUACCACCAACCCGGGGGGAACUACUCCGGCCCGGCUGCCCACGUAGGCUCGGGUCUGCAAGGUUGGGAAGCCCUGCAAUAUGCCGCACAGUAUAAUGUCACCCUGGUAGCGGGCGGGUGUUUGACCGUGGGACUGUAUGGUGGUUGGAUGGCCGGGGGUGGGCACUCGCCGUUGAGUUCACGGUUUGGCUUGGGCGUGGAUCAGGUGCUGGCGCUGCGGGUGGUCACGGCUGAUGGAAGGUAUGAGACGGUCGAUCCGGAGACGAAUGGGGAUCUGUUUUUUGCGUUGCGAGGCGGAGGCGGAAGUACCUACGGCAUCGUAACCUCUGUCAUCGUCAAAGCACAUCCCCCCAUCUAUUUGACCCAGGCAAGCUUCAACAUCUCCCUCGGCAACACUACUUCCUCAACUCCGACUUCCAAUCCCACCAUCACCAACCCCGACACCUUCUGGGCCGCCUUCCACGCCGUCUACGCCUUCGCCCUCCCGACUGUCGAAGUCGGCGGUUUCAUCCUGACCAAUGGCAUUUCCCUCGGCAGUCCUGACCGCGUCCAGUUGCAAGCCAUAAUCGAACUCCCCGGCUUCACGCCAUCCCAAGCCACUGACUACCUGCAGCCUCUACAGGAAACCCUCACCUCUCUCGGAAUCCCCUUCAUCUUACCAACCCCCACCACCAUCCUGUACUCCGCCCAAACUGGCAGUCACGGCGUUAUGCCUGGAAACAUCUACUUCGCCUCUCGCUUGUUCCCCCGGUCGUCAUUUACCAACACCACGACAUUAUUCCCCGCUGUCAUACGCGCAGCCCGCGCGAUCAUCGCAGCCGGGUAUCGAUUCCACGGCCUGAACAUGGCGCCGACACUGCGUGCGGCUGGAUAUCCCUCCGUAGCACCCGCUGUGAACCCGCUGUGGCGGGAUAUCAUCAUGCACGCGGAUGUGUUUAGUCCCGUGAACAUGGGGACGGUGACACCGGCACAGGGCCGGGCCGAGCAGGAGAAGCUGAACGGGUACAUGGAUAUGUUGCGGGCGGCAACUCCGGGGGGUGGGGCGUAUUUGAAUGAGGCUGAUGUGCUGGAGCCCGGGUGGCAGGAGAGUUUCUUUGGGGGAAACUACGCCAGGUUGGUGGAAAUCAAGGAGGAGCGGGAUCCGUGGGGUGUGUUUUGGGCGCCGACAACGCCGGGGAGUGAGCGGUGGCAUAUGGUCGGAGCGGGAGAGUUACCGACGCAGAAUGGGCGGUUAUGUAGGGUCUAG